AGUGAUAUAACACUCAAUGAACAGUUCAUAUUUUUAGCUAAAAAAUAAAAAUAAAAAGGUGGCGCAGAAAAAAAAGAUCAGAGAAAUUAGGGUUCUUAUUUAGGGUUACCUUUGAUCUCUGCUCCACCAAAAAAAAGAUAACCUUUUUCACAAUCGGGUCGUAAUCGGGUCAAAAUUAGCACAUUUUAUUAGGGUUUUUUUUUUUUGAUAAAUAAAAUCAGUGUUCAUCGAUUGGAUUUAAGAUUUUAUAUUUUAAGAAUUGAAAUUAAUUUUGCAUUUUGUAAAUAUGCGAGGACAGAAGAAAUCAAAAAAGGUUACUUGGGCUUCAGAUGUUAAUCUUUGUCAGGUAAAACUUUUCCUGUCUGAAGAUUCUCCUUCCCAAGUUGCAAUAGGAGCUCAAGAUCAUCUCCAAGCAAGGAUAUCAUUGCCUUUGCACGCUGGUGUUUUGGUGUCUGAUGAUAAUUUACCUCCAGGCUUUGAGGGCGCACAGCCUGCAAGCCUCUCGAAGAAUAAGGUAGCUCAAAUCCCUGUAAUCAAAUGGCGUCGUCCUCCCUCUUUUGUGUUGGAUAUAAAAUGGCGAGUGGUUGCGGGUGAAGAAAGCAAUGACAUGGAGGUUCAGAAACAACGUGAGAUGAGAGUGCUUGAAGCAAUUUAUCCACGUGAAUCUUCCAUUCCUCCAAAUCCUUCAAUGAUUCCUGGAGAAGAGACUCUUCAUAAUGAUCAGCACACACCUGUUAUACCCUUAACUCCUGUUGAAGAGGAGGAAGUAGCAGAUCCAUCAUUUGGCAGUGCUAUACCUACUAAUGCAGUCAGCUCAGCGGCCCAGGUAAUGCAGUCUGGAGUUCCCUUGUCCAAUAGAAGUGCCAGAAAUAAUCUUCCAGUUCACCGAAACUCAUCAUCUGGAGUAGUUCCUGGUGUGGAGCCUGAUGUUGUAGCAGCAGCUCAGGCUGCUUUAACUGCACUCAUGGCAGACAACGGCCAAGCAAAUCUGAUUGACCAUGAAUUGCUCAUAAAAAUUUUGAGUGACCCAAAAAUUGUUGGGCAAUUGGUUACACACCGAGGAGUAGGCACCAGCUCCCAUAGCGUGCCAGCUAUGAGUACCCAAAGCAUGUCUAUUGCCAGUAACAUGCCCAACCCAAGGCCUCAGGCAUCAAGUAUUACUACUCCAGCUUUCGUUCACACAGGUAGAACAGAUCCUCCACCAGUUCAAGUCAGUAGAACAGAACUAGUUAUGCCCUCGGUGGCAGGUGCUUCUAAUGGGCCCUACCACUCUGGUCCAAGUAGGAUAGGACCCGUUCCAAGUUUGAGGCCUCGUGUACCCGAGGCUGUAUCAACUCCUUUACCAUCUCCAGUAACAACUGUGUCAACACCUUCUUCCUCUAUGCCUGCACCUGUAGCUAGGGACAUCAACUAUUACAAGUCUCUCAUUCAGCAACACGGAGGAGAAAGGCAAGAAACAUUGCCGCAAUAUAGCAACAACCGGAACAACCAACAAUUAAGUUCAGUUCAAGAAUCACAAAAUUCAUUGCCACCACAAUAUAGCAACAACCGGAAUAACCAACAAUUAGGUUCAGUUCAAGAAUCACAAAAUUCAUUGCCACCACAAUAUAGCAACAACCGAAACAACCAACAACUAGGUUCAGUCCAAGAAUCACAAAAUUCAUUGCCACCACAAUAUAGCAACAACCGAAACAACCAACAAUUAGGUUCAGUUCAAGAAUCACAAAAUAGCUAUAAUUCAAGAGAUUCGAAACCUAAGAUAAUGAAGCCUUGCAUCUAUUUUAAUAGUUCAAGGGGUUGCCGGCACGGCGCAAACUGUGCAUAUAUGCAUGAUACAUCCACCCAACAGAGGGUUGGUAGCUUGCCAGAGGUUCAAAAUUCAAAGAGAAUGAAAAUGGAUAGGGAGAUUACUGGUACAUAAUAAUGCAACUGGCACUUCCAUGUACAUUAUUUUUUUUCUCAAGAGAAGAAUUGCAUGUUGCUGCUCGGUUUUUUUUUCUUCCUUUUUUAUUUAUUUCUUAAUUCUCUACAAUGAGUCAAUGUCGUUAGAUAUUUACUUUUAUGGGUUUUUUUCCACAUACCAUACUGAUAAGUGAUAACUUUCUUCUC